GAAAAUUUAUGCUGUAUAAAAUCUGUGUUGGGGACAGUGUAUGCGUUUCUCUUUGGUAGACUGGUGGGAACCUGCUUGAGUAGUAAACCAAGGCGAUGCUUGUUAUUUAAGUGAAGGUUUGCGGAUGUGGUAGAGGUGCAAGGGCAUCUUGCAGCUGCACCAAUUUUGGUGUUUGUACGGGACACUCAGAUGGCUCAUGGAGGUCAGUCUGCACCAAAUGAUGGCUGUGUUGAAGGUGUCAGUGCCUCAACCUCACAAACACCUAAUGAUGAGUCUCCAGAUGAAAAAGAUUCUGUGGAUGGUGCUACCAGUACUUUUGUGAACUCUCAAGAGGAUAGAACAGAUGCUACAAACACAGCAAAUACAAGCACUGGUGAUGCUGCUGUCAAUUCGCCCAUUGCAGUACCUGGUCAGAAAAUAGAUUGGUCCAUCUAUAAAUCAGAAGUAGAACGCCUCAAAACAUUCCGCAACUGGUCAGUUUCCUUUAUAGACAAAGAAAAACUAGCUGCUGCUGGAUUUGUGUAUUACUGGGGCAGUGAUGGUGUGAAGUGUGCUUUUUGUCACGCUGAAAUUGGACAUUGGGUUAGGGGUGAUGAUCCAUUCCAGGAACAUAAGAAAUGGUCUCCCACAUGUCCUUUUGUAUCUGGGUUUGAUGUUGGUAAUGUGCCAAUAGAUGAAUCAACAUUACCAUUUCGGCCUCAGAAAAAUCGUGCUUGUGAUACCUGUGGAAUAUUUGGAAUGGAUGCUCCUGCACCUGGAGAGCUGAUGGGUGGUUUGUCAGAAACUAUGGAGAAGCUUGGAAUUGCAUAUAGUUCCAAGCCCUUGUGGCCAGAGUUUGUCACAAUUGAUUCAAGACUGAAAACCUAUGAGAAUUGGCCUAUUUCCAUGAAACAAAAACCUGAAACACUAAGUGAAGCUGGUUUUUUUUAUACAGGUAAAGGUGAUCAGACUGUUUGCUUCCACUGCGGAAAGGGUUUGAGGUACUGGGAAGAGCAUGAUGACCCAUGGAUUCAGCAUGCAGUUUGGUUCCCACGAUGUGGCUAUCUUGUAAUGGCAAAAGGAAAGUCAUUUGUGGAUCACAUUCAGCAGAACAAAGCAAAACUAACUACAGCUGAGGGCCAAGCUAACCUUGGGAGGCAGAUGUCUGAUAUUUCAGCCAACAGAAAACAAGUAGAAGAAAAUGCCAUUAUUGGUUCAUCCAAGGAAUCUCGCAUACAUUUCUGUAAAAUCUGUGCUGAAAGAGAACGUGGACUGGUGUUUCUUCCAUGUGGCCAUGUGAUUGCAUGUGUGGAAUGUGGCCCCUCCCUUUCUGUGUGCCCUGACUGCAACACAGAAAUAUCAGCAAAAAUGCGUGCUCACAUUGCAUGAAGUCAAAGGAAUGUUUGUGACAGUCUCCCAGUGCAGGAUUUUCACGAAUUUGCAUAAGUUAUUACUUGUGAAGAGAGAGACAUUUUUCUAACAGCCUGCAACAAAUUUUGCAGCACUAACUUUUUAGUAUUUACAGCUAGAUUUUGAAGGCUGUACUGAUGUUCCUUGGUUUGAUAAAAUUGUGUUUUUACUGAGUUUGUGUGUGUGUGUGUGUGUGUGUGUGUGUGUGUGUGUCAAACUUUGGACUGGUAGUUACAGCAGUCAGUUUUACCAGCCAGCUUCUUUCAUAUAGUUGACUUGGAACUGGUACAGUAUUUGGAAAAAAAUGUAUUUUUUGAAUAAAAUUAAUAAAAACGUGUGUGUGCAACCAG